GCGGGAAUCAAUGACGACGAUCACGUCGUGCAAGACGUGGCCGAAGAUCAAUCCUCCGCUGCUUCCCCGAGCAGAAGCCGUCCCCGAAGACCAACGCUGCAGUUCUGGCCGGGGUCAAAGGGAAAAACGGUUUACGCGGCGGCAAAGUACCCGAGCAUGAGCAAUAUGAUGCGAUACGGUGGGGGAACCACUGGUACUUCGAUGGGGUUGGUCGUGCAGCCCGGAUCAUCUACUGUUGUUCCGGGUGGUCACCCUGCGGGUAACAUGUACUAUGUCUCGCCAGCCGCGCUAGCGCAGCACGCAACGCAGGCAGCGAUGAUCCACCUCCCGGUCCAAAAUCUUCCUACGGUACAAGAAAUCGCGGGUGCAGGUGUUGGUCCCUACAACACUACAACUCCGCCGCAAAUCCCGCUCAUUCCGAUCACCGCUCAUUCCGCUCCACCCCUCAUUCUUACGAGAGAUAUCGUAGAUUCAAAAAUGAUGUCCCGCGCAGAACACCUGCAACUGCUUGAAAAGAAUGCGGAGAACAGCUGCGACAAGGGAAAACAGCUGGAGUCGUUGCGAAGAGAAACGCUCAGCCAGCUGGUCAAGCUGUUGAUCGUCUGUAAACAAGACUUGGCCGAGGGGUUUGACGAGAUUCUGCAGCUCGAUAAGUCGACUUCUACAAGUUGUACCACUCAGUGCGACGGCGAGCAGGUAGCUGAGGAUGAAAAAGACGAACGCGGCGCCACAGUAGAGUCGGAUGAUGUAGUUGAACAACAAUCACAAAAUCUUUCCCGCCUCUCUCUCGACGGGGUAGCCGGAUCGGCGCCAGGAGCGUCUUCUUCUUUUCUGUCGAGUGCAGCUGGGCCUAGUUCUGAGGUCGGAGGAUCUUCAACAAUUUCCAAGGAAACACCAUCGAGAAGACCGUGCGUCGAGGUCGUGAAAAAGAUCAAGAAGAGUGAGAAUCCGAAUUUAAUAUCAGCAGCGGAUUUCGACCGGGUUUUGGCGACUCGGUGCAAGUCGAAGAUGGAUUGGGCCUAUGCGAGAACGUACGUCUUGCAGGUGCCGACCGUUGCGGUGGGGGAAAUUGUGGAGAAGCCGACGAGUUAUGAUAGCAGGAUGGCCGUGGGCGGAGGUACGAGCGUGAAAAUAGCUCAUGUAGUUGGCCAGCAGAACGAGACCAGUGCCGCAGAAGGCGGAACUGUAAGAACUGUUUUAUCUUCAUCGAUAGAUCUAGAUAAAAACGCCGACCAGUUGACUGCAAGUGCUGCAAGCGCCGCCGCCGGUAGCAGCAUGAUUAGCAACUCUAAUUCGGCGCACGAAACGAUGCUCGGCUUGGGUACUAGUAGCUCUUUGGCCCGACCUCCGGCGUUACAGGUUGGUGCUGCAGUGGAUAACGCUACUACGACCAUCAUGACCAAUGCCCCGGCCUUCACUCGGGGCCCCGCGGUUGUACCAAGCAGUAUCAGUAAACAAAAACAGGAGAAAGCAAGCAUGACAGGACAUCAGCCUCCUAGUACCGCUGCUUCAUCCUUCCAAUGCUCUUCCUCCCUUGCCUCCACGUCGGCCACGGCCAGCCGCAGUCUGUCUGCGCUGGUACCACCACUCGCAAUCUCCAUGUCCUCAUCUAGUCCUCUACAUCCGGCACUUGGCGCAGCAGCUGCACCCGUAGAUGAAGUUGCAACCUCUAUUGCCUCAAGCCGGAGUACUUCCACCGUGAUUCCUUCAGCCCGGUCGGCUCGAGAGGCGGUGGCGGGCGGGAUGAAUAAAGGGGGAGGUGGCUUAAGUAGCUUGUCGCCGCGACAAGUAUCCGACGAGAUCGGCGGUGGAACUGCAACCGGGACAACGACAGCGGCCGCCGGAAGCAGUAGAGUCACAACUUCAAAUUCCCUCGGCCCACUUGAGACGAGCACAAGUUCUCACGCUAAAAAUCCUACUUCGCCCCGGGGUGGAUCCAGUGGGGGCGCAGCAGUCUCAACAAACGCUGCGAAACCAGCAGCUUCUCGUCACCUCCUCUUGCACUCGUCUCCGCAAGUCAGCCCGGCGGUCAGCUUCCGAGACUCGAGGACGGGUGCUCCGAGAAGUCCGAGCCCCGGAAUUACGACGAAUUCGGGCAGAAAUGAUCUGGGACGCGGGGGAAGUUCCCCCUCUGCUCCAGAGCCAGAGGAAGUACUACCCUCUUCUGUUCCUGCUGCCCCUCGCUCGCAAGACUCUCCUGCUGCUCAGCGACAAAAUGAAGAGGUGCAGCACGAAGUGGCAGGACGAGAACACAACUCGAGCAAUUUUGAUGCAGUACAAGAAGCUGAGGUUUCAGAGCUCGAAAAAGACCACGACGCAGGUAGUAAAAUCGACGCUGCCAAGUUCCUGCAACGCUUGAAGAUCGAUCUGGUUUCGAGCAAAAUGAAGCAACGUUUGGCGGCUUCUGUGGCGAGGAAUUUGUUUGGCGUACUGCAGACUGUUUUUUUGAAAAUAACGGUAACGGAAGCGCAAACGGAUGCAGUUGUAAAUUCCACAUCUUCAACAACAUCCGCGUGUGGAGAUUAUAUCUCCGGUGAAAAAAUGAGGAUGAACCAUCUAUGGAAGGCGUUUUUGCAAAAUGAGGCGAAGUUUCUACAGGGUAUGGAGCAGGUGCUGUUGUGUGAAAGAGUAGAUUCAGCUUCUUGUGAGAUCACCGACCUCCUUACCGACCGGCAGCGGCAGGCAAUGGCUCGAGAGUUGCGGCGGCACAGACGAGUCUGGGCGAGAUGUAGUGGGAAAGGAAAACGCUGCGCCACCAGAAUCGUUGUUGAGAAACAGGCGGGGGGGAAAAGCGGCUACAAUCUUCUGACGGAUGCUGGCGUCGUGUGGUGGAAGAAGGACACAGAUACUCAACAAACUCCUAUCAGCCUGUCAACCGACAGCACCAGCCGCAUGGCGGAGCCCUUAAACAGCGCCCUCUUCCGCGAAGUUGUAGUUCCCUAUAAUACGUCUAGCACGUCUUUGUCUGCGGGAGUAGUCGUGGUUGUUCCAUCCGAAGUAGACGCCGCGCCAGGCCCUCCUCUCGUCUUUGCAGCAAAUAAAAGUGCUGGGGCAAGAACAGCUUCCUCCACGAGCGCGAGCACCGGAGCAAAAGGCUCGAAUUAUGUUGCCGAACAUUUGCACCUGAUGCCUCCGCAGCCGAAAGAACAACAGGGAAAUGAACUAGAUAACACCAUAGGCGGCUCAACUACCCCCGAUGAGCAAGAAUUAUAUGACGAGGACAUGGACGAGGGCCGGAUUACCUUACCCCCACCCUCGAGCCUUCUGAAACCAUCUCCGAGCUUUUUGUCCUCCUUGGACUUCGCCACUUCGGGCACGACGAAAACAGAUGUGUUGCGAGGUGGACCUGGGAGCGGCAGCACAUCACCAGGUCGUCCGCAAGGAGGGGCAGCAAAGACGGCAAGUCCUCCCUCUUCUCCUUCGUCGUCCACCGGAAGUCGCAGUAGUAGGAGCUCGUCCAGUUCUGAUCAUGCACCAUAUACACAACUGGCGGGACCGGGAGCUGCACCAGCCCCCGCGUCUUCCUAUUUGGACGCUUUUAGUUUUCUGCUCAAUAGGGCGGGACGCAGUACUAGCACAUCAAAAGUGACCACGGCACCGCCUUUUAUCUUCACACGAGAAAAAACAACGUCCGACAGGGGCACAUACAACACGACCACUGCGGGCGCCGGUACAAGUUGGCCGCAUCAAUCUACUUCGGAGGACGAGUUCUUGGUCGCUGAUAGAGCAGCCGUGAGAAGCAGCAGCACCACUCAGACACGAGCCACCACGUCCGCACCCAGGAUCUAUCCACUGCAAAACCAAAAGUAUCGUAUCGUACUCGUACUACGUGACAAGUCCACCGCUCUACCUGAUAUAGCAUGACAAACUCCAUUUUUGUUCUUGAAAAAAUAUGUGAUGCAAAUCAUGAUACUCCUAGUGCGAUACAAUACUUUUUCAAUGCAUAGGCUUCUGGUGCCGACGAGGACAACGACUCCAGCGCCAACAUCUACUUCCCAGCAUGCUGCUGGCGCAGCGGGGACUGCUGCUGCAUCUACGCGUUUGCUCCACACCCUCCCAGUCCCGGUGCAAAACGCGUGGCCACAUCACCCCCAACUUCCCGCCAUCCGCUCCGCACGACAAGAAGCUGGCUCAUCUGGCACGAAGAUGACGUCGUACACAAAUACCGCUGACGCCAAGUACAUGUCCCCAACCCAACAGCUUCACGAAGCCGAGAAAAGCGGGUUGCUGGAACGCAGCAAAUCGCCUGUGAAAGGAGUGAAUCUGGAGCGAAUGAGUAGGGGAGGUUGUACUAGGGAUCAUGAUGGAAGUGGUCAACUACGACAUGAUGAUCCUAGUGGUUGUUGUACUGCCGGAACUACAGGAGCGCCGCCAGGUGGAAGAGUUUCUCCUUCUUCUCUCGGUAGUAGACCGCGAACAGGCGGAGCAGGCGGGGAAGGAGGUGGUACUUCUCCCACUUCAGCCGCCGGACGUAGUUUGGUGCAGCAGCAGCUGCCAAAGGUUGUACCUUCGCCUGCUCCUGGCAUGACAUCAACCUCUACUAGUUGUACCCCGGCGCGCGGUGCUCUUGCUGGACCACGAGCAGGGACGCCCAUUACGACGAGACAAAAUCCAGUCAGGAGUGCAGGAGCACCAGGAGGGUUUAUUUCCCAUGCCCCUGCAAUGGUUCCAGUCCUUCCCGGUGGGGGCUGCACAUCAAAUAGCUACAGAGCAGGAGAAUCAACAGCGGCAGCUGCACCAGCGCCGGUGGACCACCAUGCUCGUUCUUCCCAGUCGUCUUUUCGAGAAUCCACCUUCGCCCCGCCCUUCAACUUUCUCGCUGCGCGCAGCAGAGAAAACGAUGAAAAAACCGACCGCCUUUUCCAGCAGUUGCCACACCCGACGGAGAUCCAGGCCGCUGACGGAUCCUGGACUCUUGACACGGCGCCUUUCGACGCCAUUUUGGAGGAUCUCGCGGCCGUGGUGUGGGAGGACACUCUCAUUUUCCUCUUACGGUAUCGCAUCCCGCUGCUCCAUGCCCUGCUGGCGCAUGAAGAUCGGUAUGAUAGUAUUAACAACGCUGGUCGUCGUGGGGGCAGAAGUUCUUCUUCGUCAGCGUCAGGUGUCGGGGGUACUAGUACAAGCAGAGGAGUAAGGAACGCGCUCGCGGCUUCAUCUUCUUCGUCUACAACUUCUCCUUCUCAGACCUGUAGCCGAGGUGGACCUCCUCCUCCGCAACUACAGCAGUCUUCUUCACCACGACCAGGACGUCCAGGAGCUGCUCCCGAGAUGGUCAACAACAUCUCGCUCAGAGACGAACUGAUCGACGCGCUUUCCAAAAUCCAGCAAGUCGCGGUUACCCUCCGGGAAAGUGAGGAACGGAUGAUAUUAGCUGCCGGUCGUGCUCGUGCUCGUGCAUCUUCAACAAGCGAGAGGGCAGUGCGGGCAGGUGAAGUACAGGAAAGUACUAUACCGCACGACGAGGACCUCCACGCAGCGCCGAGUGGUGGAACAGACGCUGGGUGGGAUCGCGACAAGGAAGCGACGCCCCGCCAAGAGAAGAUCUUCACAGGUGAUGUUGACGGAGACACGGGAAAUGCGAAAUCUCCCAAGAAGAGUAGUACUCGAAAUUUGCAAGAAAUUCUCACGUUGGAGCUAGAAGCAACACGACAAGUGUAUCAGGAGCUGCCCCCGCAGUUGCCUUUGCUAACUCAAACCCAGAUUGAGUACUUGGUAGAUGCGCUGCUGGCUAGUGUCGACGGAGAAAAUGACGCGGCGCGGAGGAAAUCCCUCAUGGCAACGUUGGGAGACUAUCACACAGAUGAAAAAACCAGGCAGGUCAUUUGUAAUGCAAAAAUGCAUAAACAAAAAACUCUGUAUUGCGUGUCCUCAGCAGCUUGCUGUGGGGCCGCCCAAGACAGAUUUUUCUGUGUAUUUAUGUUUGCAUUACAAAUAUGAACUGCCUGCUUCUUUCUGUGUGAUAGAGAUCCGAAUCAGGAGUUUGUGAAAAUCUUCUUGGGGUCGUCGUGAUGAAUCCCUUUAUUUCUAGAGUGUACGCAUGCACCAACCUGAACCUUCAUCAGCGAUAUUCUGAGAAUAAAGUACUAGAUUAAUUUUGAUUAUGCAAGUUGUCCACGGUGCUUCUAAGGCAGUAAGCGAUCCUAAACCGUAAUGAGCCUUGUUCCACAUCGGUAAUCCAGGAGACCGCGGAGGCCUCGGUUAGAUGAUUUUCCAAGUAGCCUUUCUCGCAUCUAGUAAUUUUGGAUAAAAUCGAUCACGUGAGGUAUGUUUUUCUCUGGUCUUCGGCAUCGAUUUUGCAUUUCACGGUUAACAUCUAAGGUAGUGUGCAAAUCAUUGUCAUUGAAAAUUUGAUAUAGAAAUGCCUUCUUUGACGUUUUGCUAUGUGGGGGUUCCAUUGCUAGCAAAGUCCCGGACUGACAAAUGAAACACAAAAUGCACAAAAAAAAAAACUACAACUGCUGCAGCAGCUCCUUCUGUAUUGGAAUACGA